GGAAUAGUCCAAUUUCGAAGAAACUGCUAAGAUUGGUCUCUUUUUACCAGCGCCACCCGCCAUGCCAAGCUUGACCAAGAAGACGACUUUGAGAGAAAAUUUCAGAGAAUUCUAAGUUCAAGAUAUUUUCCUGAGUAACUUCAUCGGAGUUUGAGAAACCCUUAUACUCUUAAAUCUUCAUAACCGCUUCUCAGUAAUCACAGAUCAGUUACUUCACCGGCUUGGUCUGAGAUCAGCGGUUCAAACGUUUACUUUAUAGUUUCAGUUUCUUCUUAUUCUUCUUCGUUUGAUUUGUAUAUGAUAUGAACUCUGUUCUUUAUGAUUCAGGAGAAGAGUACCAAGUCCUUGACUUUAUGGGUUUUGGCCGUGACAAUCGUGUAAGGUGGUUCAAAGAACCAUCAUCCACAGAGUAUGGUUACGGAAGAAGAGCUAGACCAUCUCUAAACGCAGUGUUGAAUAAUGUCCGAAGAGGGUUUGAGAAAGGAUCAGACAAGAUCAGGACUUUCAAGAAACCCUUAAGUUUCAAUUCACAUAAGAACGAAGAGAAGAGAAACGCUACUGGUACACAGAAGAAGAACAUCAUAAACCCACAAGGCUCCUUUCUACAGAACUGGAACAAAACCUUCCUCUUCGCUUCCGUGAUCGCUCUCGCCAUUGAUCCCUUGUUUUUCUACAUUCCCAUUGUUGAUGGAAAAAAGCAUUGCCUCAACUUGCACUCUAGCCUCGAGAUAGCAGCUAGCGUGCUUCGAACGUUUGUAGAUGCCUUCUACAUUAUUCACAUUGUGUUUCAGUUUAGGACAGCUUAUGUCUCUCCUUUGUCCCGGGUUUUCGGUAGAGGCGAGUUGGUUGAAGAUCCUAAAGCCAUUGCUUUAAAGUAUCUCUCCUCUUAUUUCAUCAUCGAUGUUCUCUCUAUCCUUCCACUCCCACAGCUUGUAGUCUUGGCUGUUAUCCCGAAUGUGGAAAAACCUGUCUCUUUGCUCACUAAGGACUACCUGAUAACUGUCAUAUUUGCUCAGUACAUUCCAAGGAUUCUUCGUAUUUACCCGCUUUACAGUGAAGUUACAAGAACAUCUGGCAUAGUUACUGAAACAGCUUGGGCUGGAGCUGCUUGGAACCUCUCUCUCUACAUGUUAGCCAGUCAUGUGUUUGGAGCUUUGUGGUACUUAAUAUCAGUUGAACGAGAAGACAGAUGCUGGCGUGAAGCUUGUGAGAAGAGACAAGGGUGUGAGUUGAGGUUUCUCUACUGCGAUGGAAACAACAAUGUUAUAAAUGAUUACCUGACUACUUCGUGUCCGUUUAUCAACCCUGAUGAUAUAACGAAUUCAACUACUUUCAACUUUGGUAUCUUCACUGAUGCUCUCAAGAGUGGGAUUGUUGAAUCAGAUGAUUUCUGGAAGAAGUUCUUCUACUGCUUCUGGUGGGGUCUGCGUAAUCUAAGUGCACUGGGACAAAACCUCAACACAAGCAAGUUCGUUGGAGAAAUUAUCUUUGCUGUAUUAAUUUGCAUAUCUGGACUAGUUCUAUUCGCACUACUUAUCGGCAAUAUGCAGAAAUACUUGGAGUCGACAACAGUUAGGGAAGAGGAGAUGAGAGUGAGAAAAAGAGAUGCAGAGCAAUGGAUGGCUCAUCGGAUGUUACCAGAGGACCUAAGGAAACGUAUCAGAAGGUAUGAACAAUACAAAUGGCAAGAAACCAGAGGAGUUGAAGAAGAAAACCUUCUGCGUAACCUCCCUAAUGACCUCAGAAGAGACAUUAAACGCCAUUUCUGCCUCGAUCUUCUCAAGAAAGUACCUCUGUUCGAGAUAAUGGAUGAGCAGCUCCUAGAUGCCGUGUGUGACAAGCUAAGACCAGUGCUCUACACUGAGAAUAGCUACGCGAUUAGGGAAGGAGACCCAGUGGAGGAGAUGUUGUUUGUUAUGAGAGGUAAGCUUAUGAGCGCCACCACGAACGGUGGCCGGACGGGAUUCUUCAACGCCGUGUACCUCAAUGCUAGCGACUUUUGCGGCGAGGAUCUUCUCACGUGGGCGUUGGAUCCUCAGUCUUCGUCUCAUUUUCCAAUCUCGCCGAGAACAGUUCAAGCUCUGACUGAAGUAGAAGCCUUUGCUCUUGCAGCAGAAGAUCUCAAGCUUGUCGCCUCGCAGUUCAGACGGCUACAUAGCAAACAGCUUCAACAUACUUUCAGGUUUUAUUCGGUACAAUGGAGGACAUGGGGAGCGUCGUUUAUACAAGCGGCGUGGCGGAGACAUUGUCGGAGAAGAUUGGCUAGGUCAUUAACGCAGGAAGAAGAUCAAUUCCGAAUCGCGGUUGCAAAACGCGAACGCAGAGCCGCGUCGUCGUCGAGCCUUGUUGCGACGUUAUACGCGUCGCGGUUCGCGUCAAACGCGCUUCGCAAUCUGCGUCAGCACAAUACACUGCCUUUGCUUCCUCCGAAGCCAUCAGAGCCUGAUUUCGGUGUUGAUGAUGAUUGAAACAUCUCUUCCACGAGUCUACUUUACCACUUGUAAAUUGUCAACUAAAAUAAACCUGCUGAAUCAUUUUACUGCCUAUAAAAAAAUGAGACUUUUCUCUCUA